AUGGCGGCAGGGAGCAGCAACUACUGGGAAGGCGAGGCGGAACCGCCGCCAGAUCUCAGGAAGCAGGCGCGGCAGCUGGAGAACGAGCUGGACCUGAAACUGGUCUCCUUCAGCAAACUCUGCACCAGCUACAGCGGCACCCGAGACGGAAGGCGCGACAGCUCUGACACAACUCCUCUCUUAAAUGGAUCAAGUCAGGACAGAAUGUUUGAGACCAUGGCUGUGGAGAUUGAACAGCUUCUGGGAAAGCUUACAGGAAUAAAUGACAAAAUGGCAGAGUAUACAAACAGUGCAGGAGUCCCCUCCCUGAAUGCUGCUCUGAUGCACACGUUACAGCGUCACAGAGACAUACUGCAGGAUUAUACACAUGAAUUCCACAAAACCAAAGCCAACUUCAUGGCAAUACGAGAAAGAGAGAAUCUGUUGGGAUCAGUACGGAAAGACAUCGAAUCAUAUAAAAGUGGGUCUGGAGUGAAUAACAGAAGAACAGAACUUUUCCUGAAGGAGCACGAACACCUUCGAAACUCAGAUCGACUGAUAGAAGAAACAAUAAGCAUCGCCAUGGCAACUAAAGAAAAUAUGACUUCACAGAGAGGGAUGUUGAAGUCAAUACAAAGCAAGAUGAAUACCUUGGCUAAUCGGUUUCCAGCGGUGAACAGCCUGAUUCAAAGGAUCAACUUACGGAAACGACGAGAUUCCCUCAUCCUGGGUGCUGUUAUUGGCAUCUGUACCAUCUUACUGCUGCUGUAUGCUUUUCAUUGAUGGCUGUUCCCCCAUGGACUCUGCUAAACUCAUCAUCACCAUCCCUCCCUCCCCAGCCAAGGAAAAGUGGGUAGGGGAAGAAAGAGACUUCAGGCAGCCUGCUCCUCACGGCUGGGAAUGUCAGCAUGAUCUCUAGAGGUUAUGAUGGUAGCUUGUGAUGCUGGGCUUGGGGUGAAGCUGCAGUGUUUCUCCUUCCCUGCUAUACAUCUUCCUUUGGUUAACUUCUUGCAGGAUUUGUUUGUUUUAAUUCCCUUUCUCACUGUAAGGUAAGUAAACAUGGGACACUUACUGGAACCUGGAGCACAGUUUUCUGUGCUCAGCGGUGCUGGGGAGAUCUGUUGUGGGCUGGUAAGCGGGGAAAAGAUUGUUCUGCUUGCCUUGGGUGGAAACUCUGCAGGAAGCCAGUUUCCCCUGUAGGCCAAGCACAAUGCUGAACACUUCUGCCCUGUGAGAAGAAUAUUGCAGCUUUAAACCAUCAGGUUGCUUUACUUCUUCAAUAUAUGUUCUGCAAUUCUUUUGAACUCCUGGUUGAGAUAUUAGUUAUUUCUGCAUCAUUUGUGCUGUGAAAACUGUGCUUCACACCAAUUCCUCCAAGUGAAAACAACAUUGUUCAGUUCACUGUUUGCACAGAGUAUGAAUAAACUACCCUCUGAGGAAGAUCUGUAAGAUUUCUUGUGGCUUUAAAGGGACUCACAAGUCCCUCUUUGUCAAAAGGGAGCAGAGUGUCCUAGCAGCUGUUUACGAUAGCGUCUGACAAGUGACCAAACAACGAGUUCACCUGAAAGUGGUCUUUUGGGUGUAAAUACUUUUGGUUUUGGCUGGCAUCAUAAAGGUCUUUAUAAAGACAUGCUAAGCAGUUUGAAAAGU